AUUGUGACACAAGGCCUCUAUACACACUACACACAUAUACACAUACCUACGGCUGGGAGGCCUCCCCCCCAAGUGACGGAUGGAAGCGACAACCAGUACGUCUAUGCUCGGCUUCUCAUGAGCUUUCUCUCGAGGAAUUGCCCAGGGCCCGUCUGAAUCUACCAUCAUCAUGUCUGGACCUACGCAAACGCUCCAAUGCCACCACAUAAUUCGAGUCGCCUCCAUUGCGACCAGCAUUGUGGCGGCCCGGCAUCUCUUCGCCAAUGGCUUCCACUAUCCUUUGCUUAUGUUAUUGGCACACGUAUCAAUUGCUGUCGUAAUCGAGGCCUUUGGCAUCCGGAGUGAGACUAUCACCACGCAGAAACCACCCCAUAGCUGGACUAUACGAGCGUGGCAAGCCCUGUUCGCGGUGCUGGUUGCAGUCGGCUUGAUUUUCACUUACCAUAGCUUCCUUCACAAUAGGAACACGACGCUGGGUGUUAUGUUGCUAGGUCUCGACUGGACAACCAUCUUGUGCCGGACAGUAAGAUGGUUGCGUCAAGAUAAGCAACAUCCCGUCGAUUUCCCUCUAUCCAUCGUCACAUUUUCGCUGUGCAUUGCUCUUCUAUUGUGGAGGGAAAAUUGGUUGGUGGGCAAGGGAAUCGAGUUUCUUCUCAUUGCUGUGAUAUGCUUGGCCGUUGCAAGGCACCUUUGGCUGAGAGGCUUGGUGGAAAAUCCAGUCAGCUUCAGAACAGUUGCCGUGGAUGCGUAUGCUGCCGCACUUGGUGCAUGUCUGCUAUUGGCAACAUUUUUACUCGCUGUCACUGGCUGGUAUAAUCGAAGGGACUUCGGCAUGAAAGGUCGGUUAAUAUGGAUGGUGCUUAGUGCUGUAUCUGGUUCGUUGGCACUGUUUAGCGAAACGAGUCUGAAGAAACUUAGUUCACGACUACAAGAAAGAAUGUCAAUCCCCAGCAGGAUGGACCUAGCUAUCGGCAGCUCAGCUUUACCAUUGCUCGUCCUAGCCGCUGUCGAGGUUGAUAACUUGUUGACGCAGCACCGACCGUCAACAACAUCGGGUGUACAGUGGCUCGGCUUUGCGAUCGCGUAUCUUUCGACGGUCGACAUCACCGUGAUAGCAUCAUCAACAGUGUGGGCCAAGGGAGCAUUAUACACACCUGUAAGAAUUCACGAUGAACAAGUCGAGGAGGCGAAGAGCCCGGUCCCCGAGGAUACGGAAGCCCUAUAUCCACCCGACUCUACUUGCGCUAAUAAUUCUCCAUGGCUUCGCCAUAUAUCUCUCGCUUGGAAUGCUAGCCUGGGUAGCUUAGCACUGUUGCUGGCGUUCUAUUGCGCUAUAGGUGCGGCAUAUACAGAACCCAGCAAAAGGUCCUGGGAUCUCGAUAUCGUGAUUGCCCGGUAUGAUGAGCCCGUCGAACAGGUAGUCGAAACUGUUCAGCUGGCCCUUCAACUUCCUAAUAUUGCUGGGCGUAAAGUUAGGACGAUUGUGUACAAUAAAGGAGUACUAAAUGAGACGGAGCUACGAACCGAUUUCCCCAUUCAGAGUGGGCUUGUUAUACGACAACUAGAAAACGUCGGACGGGAAGGAGACACGUACCUAUCGCAUGUACUGGACAGCGAACAAGAUUGGGCGAGUCACACAUUGUUUAUUCAAGCGGAACCGCAUGAACCUGGGUACCUCCAAGCUCGGCUAGAAGAUUACUUCGUCGAGGAUACGGGAUUCUUAUCACUAUCUCAUGUGCGGAAUUUCUGUGCCAGCUGUGAUGCAUGUAACGACCACUCCGGGUGGAGUGAGGAUGGCGCAGUGCUACGGGAUAUAUUUGAGCGAGCGAACUCCCACAAGACUUGCCAAGAUAUCAGCUUGACGUAUAGAGGUCAAUUCGUGGUUUCAUCGCGUAGAAUGAAACAAGCCAAUCAGGAACUUCUCCGAGAUGUACGAAGACGGCUAUUAGAAAACGAGCGCUUCGGUUUCACCUUGGAGCGAUCUUGGGGCACUUUAUUCCAGUGUCCCACGAUAUCGGAGCGGUGCCCAACACUGCUGUCAGGGUGGAUAGGGAAUCGAGCAGCCGUGGAGGACUGCCAGUGUCUUGAUAGUGGUAAAAAGGCGUUAUAGAGUACAUUGCAAUAUACCCCAAUUUUCAUUUCUUGUUCAAUUCUAAUAGAUUUAGUCUCAUUUGUAUCAAACAUCGUACAAUAUCGCAUAGUAGCAAAAGUGCUAUGAAGGCCUACAAACGUGAGCGGGGGCUAGCUCUCCCAUUUGCUUACUAAUAUUCAUUUGCAUGUCUCCAGGAGCUCCUCACCUAAGCCAUAUAUGACGAGAGCGAGAGCGAAAGCGACAGCCCAAGCGCAUUGAUGCGUUGAUAAUUAUAGCAUUCCACGGCAUUUCGUGCCACAAGCCUAUCAACUUCUUCUCUUAAGACACACCACCUGAGGACCCUCUUUCCUUAGGUAUCAAGAGAUACCUACUAGAGGAGAAAUGGAUUAACUGAUCUCUGAAGUUGCGAAAUGACUGCUCACGUCACGCCUAUAAAUCCGACUUGGCACAGAUCGG